AUGCCGACCCUCUACGUAGGCACGUACACACGUAAAGAACCGCACGUGAACGGCCACGCAACCGGCAUUCACGCCUAUUCUUUCAAUGACGUUACGGGUGCCCUCAACCUGCUUCACAUCACGCCAGACGUUGGCAUUAAUCCGUCGUACGUGGUCGGUACCGACUCAACGCUGUACGUCGUGAACGAGUGCAACGACGCAUCAAAGCUUCUCCCAGGAGACGAAACGGGGUUUGUCACAGCUUACGCUCUCAGCUCCACUGGUCACUUGAGGCCAAUUAGUCGACAUGAGACGGGCGGCACGUACUCGUGUCACGUGGCACUCAGUCUGAACGGAGACUUUGUCUCGGUAGCCAAUUACAAUGGCGGACUGUCGCUCUACCCCGUACUCGCCGACGGCUCCUUAGCUCCGGCCUCGCACCACUGCCGUCUACAAGGGGCGAGUUUGGUCCAUCCCGACCGUCAAGAAGCGUCGCAUAUUCAUAGUACAGUAUGGACACCAACAGGUCUCCUCGCAGCUGACUUGGGCACGGAUUCCGUCGUGCAGUACACUUUAAAUGUAAACAAGAAGCAACUCGAGCACGAAGAGCUCAUUUCGUGUCGCCCUGGCUCAGGACCCCGUCACUUGGCGCUCUCGAUUGAGCUCGGCGUUUGUUACGUCCUUGGGGAGCUGGACAAUACUGUGGGUGUGCAUGCUUUUGAUGCUUCGACCGGGAAGCUCAACCUCGAGACCCUGCAGACCAUUUCGACGCUGCCGAAAGGCUACGAAGGUCCGACUGCCCUCGCGUCGGACAUUCACAUCUCCCCCACCAACAAGUUUGUCUACGCGGCUACGCGCUUUAGCAACACCAUUGCCAUCUACGAGAUUCUACCUGAUACGCGUCUAAAGCUCGUGGACAUUGUGCCGACACGGGGUGCUACGCCACGUGAUAUCCUCUUGUUUAAGGACUUUUUACUGGUAGGCAACCAAGACUCGGACAGCCUCGACGUCUUCCACGUUGAUGAGGACACUGGCAAGAUCACGUACACGGGCAACUCGGUCGAGUGCCCGUCCCCUUCGUGCAUGUUCAUUGCUCAGUAA